GUGCCUGGGUGCCGUGCGGGCCUCUCCCUCGGGCCGGAGCGGCGCGCUCAGGAAAUUCUUCCUAUAUGGAUCAGCCUUCUAGUGAUGGUGAAACUGGAAGAAGACCACUCUAAGCCAACCCAGGAUGAAUCGGGUGCCAGGUGAUGCAGAAAAUGCUCACAGCAGCAGCGUGGAAUCCUGUCCUUCCUUGCGGGAUGUCCACUCCAUCAACCCAGCGCAGCUGAUGGCAAGGAUUGAGUCAUAUGAAGGCAGAGAGAAGAAGGGCAUAUCAGAUGUCAGAAGGACUUUCUGUUUGUUUGUUACAUUUGAUCUCUUAUUCAUAACCUUGCUGUGGAUAAUAGAAUUAAAUGUAAAAGGAGGCAUUGAGACUACCUUAGAGAAAGAAGUCCUACAAUAUGACUACUCUUCUUCAUAUUUUGAUAUAUUUCUACUGGCAGUCUUUCGAUUUAAGGUGUUAAUACUUGCAUAUGCAUUGUGCAGACUGCGCCAUUGGUGGGCAAUAGCUACAUUUUAUGCAGCCUGCUGUUUAUGUCAGGGAGUAUCAGGUCUUCAAAGUGAUUCAUUUUUCACAAUAUCAUUUACAACAGCAGUGACCAGUGCCUUUUUAUUAGCAAAAGUAAUUAUUUCACAGCUGUUCUCACAGGGUGCUUUUGGCUACGUGCUGCCCAUCAUAUCCUUCAUACUUGCCUGGAUUGAAACUUGGUUCUUGGACUUUAAAGUGUUACCGCAAGAAGCUGAAGAAGAAAACAGAUUUUUGAUAGCACAGGAUGCUUCUGAACGAGCAGCUCUUCUUCACCCAGGAGUCCUCUCUGAUGGGCAGUUCUAUUCUCCUCCUGAAUCUGUAGCAGGAUCUGAUGAAGACUCUGAAGAAAAGCAAGACAGUGAAAAGCCAGUUGUAUAGCAGAUAUAAAAAGCAGAAAGAAAACCUCUGAGGGAAGUUGUUGGGGUUUGGAAACUGGCAACAGAGUCUGUGGCUGACUUGCUGGUGGAGCUGCUGACAGGAGAAUUUAUUCAUGAGAAAGCAAAGGGAAUGGUUCCCAUGUACUGUAAUACCUCACAAAGAUGUACCUUGUUGACAUAUGUAUAUUAGGUUGCCUCCCAGGUGGUAUGAAAAUAUUUGUCCAUGAUGUAUUUUAUUAUUCAGUGAUUCCUGAAGUUGAUCUUCUAAUGACUAGGUAAUUACUGGAAAGUGUUGUCUUGUGUACCUAAUCAAGAGACUGGUAAUAUAAUGAAGUAAAACUUCUCUAUGGUGGAAGUAUAUUUAAUGACUGUUGGGACUCACUAGGUAAAACUAUUUUAUGUUCUUGCAAAUUUGUCAUUAGUUUUAUGUUUACUUUUUUUAACUCCAUGUGUUUUCUUUUUUAAUGGAUAUGUUCACUUUCUAAAAUAAAAAUGUUAAAACAUG